AUGCCGCACUCCUUCCUUGUCAAGAAGCAUUUCUCCUCCAGCAAGAAGCCCAACUACAGCGAGCUGGAGAGCCAGACAGUGAUCGUGUCCCCCUUCCCAUGUGAGCAGUCGCGCCUUUCGGUCAUCCCGGCGCCCAAGGUCCUGAGCCCAGCCGCCUGCUACCCUCCGCUGGUCUGGGACACGGGCCUGCUGUCCAGCUUCUUCAGCCCUCAGCCCGAUUACCAGGCCCAAGUUUCCCCCUCCGGCCAGGACCCCAAGCCGCUGGACCUCACCUCCCUGUCCAGCAGCGAGGAGGAUGAAGAGGGGAGCGGCAAGAGCUCGGCGCCCCCCAGCCCCGUGUCCCCGGCCGCCGAGGCCGAGAAGUUCUCCUGUCACCAGUGUCCCAAGGCCUACGCCACCUUCGCGGGCCUCUCCAAGCACCGGCAGCUGCUCCACUGCGACACACAGCCCCGCAAGUCCUUCAGCUGCAAGUACUGCGAGAAGGAAUACGUGAGCCUCGGGGCCCUCAAGAUGCACAUCCGCAGCCACACGUUGCCCUGUGUCUGCAAGAUGUGCGGCAAGGCCUUCUCUCGGCCCUGGCUCCUUCAGGGCCACAUCCGCACGCACACAGGGGAGAAGCCAUUCUCCUGUACACACUGCAACCGAGCCUUUGCAGACCGCUCCAACCUCCGGGCCCAUCUGCAGACGCACUCGGACGUCAAGAAGUAUCAGUGUAAAUCCUGCUCCCGGACUUUCUCCCGAAUGUCCCUGCUCCACAAGCACGAGGAGACGGGCUGCUUGGGUUCUCGCUGA